GCAGAUGAAGAGCUCCGUCCAUCCUGUUUGUGUGAAUGUUUGGGUUCAUUUUGUGCCUGUAGGUUUAAACUUGAGAGAGCAGCAGGAUGCAGGUUCUCACCCCGCAGGUCUACUGGGCUCAGAGGCAUGGAGAGAUUUUCCUCCGGGUGGAGCUGAGUGAUGCAAAGAAUCUGGACAUCAGUUUGGAAGACAAAACACUUCAGUUCAGAGCACGGGGCCACGGAGCUAAAGGAGAUAAUGAAUACAUGUUCAGUCUGGAGUUCCUGGAAGCUGUCAGACCUGAGAUCAACCGUAAAUCUACGCAGCGUCAGGUGGACAUUAAAGUCAGGAAGCAGGAGGAGCGCUGGUGGGACCGGCUGACACUGCAGGAGAAGAAGCCUCUGUUUCUGUCUCCCGACUUCGACCGCUGGCUGGACGAGUCUGACGCUGAGAUGGAGCUUCAGGCCAAGGAAGAAGAAAAGAUAAACAAGAUCACUGUGGAGUCAAGAGUCGUGAAGACCGUAACCUACCUCGGACUGAAGAAAGGCUACUUGUUUAUGUACAACCUGGUGCAGUUCUUGGGAUUCUCCUGGAUCUUUGUCAACAUGACCGUUCGACUCUUCAUUCUUGGUCAAGGUUGGUGCCUCAGUGCCCAUAAACCUGGGAUCUUUCUCUUUUUCUCUGUGGUGACGAAGGUUGCGGGGAGGAACGUCAUCCUCUUCGUCAUCUUCGGCAGUUUGGAGGAUAUGCAGAACAAAUCCGUCGUCUUCUUCGUGUUCUACCUGUGGAGCACAAUCGAGAUCUUCAGGUAUCCUUUCUACAUGCUGGCCUGCAUCGGCACAGAGUGGAAGCUCUUGACGUGGAUGAGGUACAGCAUCUGGAUCCCUCUGUACCCGCUGGGGGUUAUAGCUGAAGCGGUGGCGGUGAUCCAGUCUCUGCCCAUCUUUGAUGAGACCCGUCUGUUCAGCAUCCCUCUCCCCGCGAUGCUGGGACACUCGUUAAGCUUCUCGUACACUCUGCAGAUCUACCUGGUCCUCAUGUUCCUGGGACUUUUCAUCAAUUUCCGACACCUGUACAAGCAGAGGAGGAGACGAUACCGCUCCAGGAAAAGGAAAGUCAACUAACUUGAUCGGCACGUUGCACACACCCCGAACUGCUGUCCACUUCGAGAUGUUUCUUCUUCUUCUUCUUCUUAUUGCCUUUUUCCCUUCACACACACACACACACACACACACACACACACACACACACACACACACACACACACACACACACACACACACACACACACACAAACACACAAUAACACACACUGAUAGACUUGAUGUCGGAGUACUGCUCACCUCAUUCCUCCACCAGGUGAACUGUCUACCUUCUACAGACCCAAACCUUGUAAAUCCUACUAGCUCGAAGACUCACUGUUGAACAGAUAUCACCUGAAAACACUGUACGAGUUUUAGUUUUAACCGUGUUUAUUAUCUCAAACUUGUUUUUUGUCCCUGAUUUAAGGGUCUCUGCUCAUCCUACUCCUAAAAUAAUCAGCCAAACAGUUAUCAAAGUUCACAUUGGAGGAGUUCAUUUUACAAAACUUCAGACUUGAAUAACGCCCAAAUCAACAAACAAAAAUCCACUAAUCCCAACUCUAAACUUCCCCAACAAAAAAAACGUUGAAAGAAAACUCAAGGCUCUGACCUCACUGCUAACUACUUUAACUCAAACUCGAUUAAUUAAAAAAUAUGAAAAAAUGA